AUUUUAGAAUUCAUUAAAGGCAUAGGUGUGAGCGUGUUUCGUAAUUACAAAAAGCACUUUGCGGUGGAAAUAAUAAAAGUGAGCAAGGUCUAUGGCCCAGUGUUUACUCUAUGGAUCGGACCCAUUCCAUUCAUAUGGCACGGGAAUCGUUUAACAAGAUUGAUUUUACCGGACGCCCUCUUUCCCAAU